AUGGGGCCCACCGACGCGGCGGGCGCCAAGAAGCGGCGCCUGGAGCCGGCGGUGGCGCUCACCUCUGAUGAGGAGCUCGCGAGGCGCCUGCAUGAGGAGCUGAACGCGAACGUGUCGCGUCUCUCGCGCCGCAGCAGCCAGCAGCUGCCACCCACACAUCACCCGCCCGAGCCGCACGCGCCCGCGGCGCAGCAGCACCACGCCCCCGCCUCGAGCGGCGAGCCGCGGCGGCCCAACGGGCCGCUGCCGCUGCCGCCCAAGAAGAGGCGGCUGCCGCAGCCGCCGCCGGCGCCGCACCACGGCCAGCCGCAGGCGCAGCAGCAGCACCAGCAGCAGGCGGAGGCCCAAAAGGAUCGGCCGCUCAGAGACAGCUGGCCAAACGGCGACGCCAC